CCAUGUGAUUUGGUUCCAUUAUCCAUCCCACAGUAUUAGCAUGAGAAUUAAGCAAUACACAUUACACAAAUUGAGGCUUCCAAAACUCAAAGUUGAGGAAGAGUGAUUGACGUUAGCAUUAGACAAAACACGUUGGGCGAAAUUUAAAUUAAAGUUAGACUUCAUUCUCGACCUUAAUCACUCAGACUAACACAUGAUCGGUCUGGGCAGGGGUAAUUUUAGAGAGAAGAAGGUGGGGUCUGGGUGGAGCUUGGAGCCAAGAUCUCAAGGAGAAUGAAUGUGAACACGAAAAAGGGUCAGAAACACCGCACCUCAAUACCUGAAUCUGCCCAAUUUCUCGUCCCAACAGGAACAGGGAGGGAACUGGCCAUCAGUCAUAUACAUUUUUUCUUUUUAAAUUGGAAAAAUUCCCAACAACUAUUAUUCGCUUUUAUUUUAUUUUGGAGAAAAUAUUAAACAGAGAUUUGCUAUCAGCUUUUGGUCCCUGUGAACUUUAAAGAUUGACGCAACAAUUCCAAAUUGGAAUCAAUAAUCGGAUUAUAGUCCAUUAUGGGAAAUAAUUGGUUAUUCUUCAUCGAACCAGAUGGCAGUUCAAGUGGCAUUUUUCCUAUGGAUCCCCUUCUUCCACACAGUUUGGGGGGUCACUGGCUCUGCCAUAUUACUUCGUUUGUUGACAACUCAAGAUAUAUUUAUGUGCCUGGAAGUUUGGCUCUUCAAGAAGCUUUUAAUUGCAUGUCAAAGUUCGCUGGUGCUCUAGUUAUAUGGUUUGCUGGUGGGUCAAGUUCCAAUAUGAAGCAGAAAUUACCUGGUCAUCAUAUUCGUUCUCAUUCCAGUUGCUCAAAGUCAUCGACACAAGUAAAGCACAUUUCUUCUGUAAGACAUGAUUUAACAGCAUUUUUCCGGAAUUCAAGAAUUAGAAGAAAAUCAGCCAUUCCAGUGGUGUUUGGCAAAAUAUCAAGUUCUGCUCUGAAGCAAAUUUGCAAACAAGCUGAACGGCUUCAGUCGUUCCCAGUGCUUUCAUUAGCUGCUGCACUGGUACCACCAUUCACUAAUGUCCCUUCAAAUAUCCUAGCUGCUCCAUUGGAGGCCAGUUCUGUGGAAGCACAGAUAUGCAUGGACCAAAGGCCCUGUGAGAUUGAAAAUCGAGGAUGUGGACCCUGCACUGAUCUUUAUCUUCAGAGUUUAGCUUGGUCCAAGACAGUUGAGCCUAGAACUGGUGUUGAAUUCCCAACUAUGUUGGACAAGACUAUAUCUGGACAAAGUAAUUCCAGCUUCACUCCAGAAGUCCUUGUUGGGACGGGAUCAAGAACAAUGACCAUAGUAAGAAUCAAAUCUUUGAAAGUCUAUGCAUUUGGAUUCUAUGUUCAUCCAUUUGAUGUCUGUGAGAAAUUGGGCCCAAAGUAUGCUUGCAUCCCAGAAUAUGAAUUGAACAAGCGCCAAGAUUUUUAUCAAGAUCUUCUGAGGGAGGACAUCAACAUGACAGUUAGGCUUGUUGUUAGUUGCAACGGAAUCAAAAUCAAUACUGUGAAAGAUGCCUUUGAGAAGUCUCUGCGAGCCCGAUUAUUAAGAACAAAUCCAGAUGCUGAUUUUAGCUGCCUACAAAAAUUUGGUUCUAUGUUCUCUCAGGAUAUUUCCUUACAUGUGGGUACAACAAUCAAUUUCCGGCGUACAGCUGAUGGUCAGCUAAUUACUGAAGUUGGCGGAAAUAAUGUUGGAGCAGUUAAAAGCAAAGAUUUAUGCAGGGCCUUUUUCGACAUGUACAUUGGCGAGAUUCCCGUGUGCGAGCAAACGAAAGAGGAGAUAGGGAAGAAUGUAGCAAGUAUCAUUAGGAUGUGUUGACCCUCUUCGGGGUGCCUGCUAUGAAUACCGAAGAAUCUGACGAGACUAAAUUUUUGGUAAUCAUGAAGAAUUGGAGACUGAGAAAUUAUUGGGCGCUUUUAUUUCUAGGGGUUGAGGCACUAUAUGUGCCUCAAUCAUUUCCAUCUAGUUAUAUAUGCUGCUACUGAACCUUGUCCUGCCUGGUUCUAGUUGUCUCGACAUGUUAGAGGUAUACAAACAGGCUGUAGUCAAUAUCAAGCAAAGCCCUAAUAUUUUAGCUGGGUUUCUUAUAGAAGAUAGAAGAUUUCCUAGUGUUCACUAUUCCCAUGAUUCUUUGUAGACAGACCCCGGGGAUUUGCAGUUGUUGCCCCACAUCAACUACUGUAGGAAUUGAAUUAUUGUUAUUUCAUUGUUGAAAGAGUUCAUUUAGCUACUCUA